AUCGCUCCUCCGGCAGGGGGAUCGCUCCUCUGGCAGGAUCAGGUUGCAGCCCUCCCUGCCUUUGGAGCUUUACACCACACCCCUGCAAUGUGAAUUAGGAGGGGAGGAUCAUAUUCAGCUCUGAUUCAGGAAUUCCCUCUUUCUUCAAGAACUGUUGCUAGGAGUUUGGGAAGAUGAAGGGAAGAAAGAGGGGACAUUCCUUAUCUUCACCCUUUCUCUUGCUGUUCUUCUGUAUCACCGGGCACGCAACUGAUGAGCUGGAUGGCAGUGAAGAAGAGCAUGUUGUGGGUGCUGCUUUGCCACCGCUGAAGCUUGUGCACUCAUUCUGUGCCAUGAAAGCAGAUGAUGGUCCAUGCAAAGCCAUCCACAUCCGCUAUUUCUUCAAUAUUAAAAGCCGCAAGUGUGAAGUAUUUGAAUAUGGUGGAUGCCAUGGCAAUGAGAACAACUUCUUAACGCUGGAGGAAUGCCAGGAGAAGUGUGUGGUAACAGAACUGUCUCAGAAGAUGCCGUUAGCAAAAAUUAAGAAAGCAUUGUUUCUAGGAAAGCCUGACUUCUGCUUCCACGCCCAAGAGCCGGGGGUCUGCCGAGGGUAUUUUACCAGGUAUUUCUACAACAAAGAGACAAAACUGUGUGAAGCUUUCAAGUAUGGUGGGUGCCUAGGAAACCAGAACAACUUCAGGAGUUUGGAGGAGUGUCAGAACACCUGCCAAGACAACUCAAAUUUAUUACCAACUGUUACAGCUGAAGAGCACCCCAACACUGUGAACAGCAGUUCCCCAGCUGAAGAGCAUCCCAACACUGUGAACAGCAGUUCCCCAGCUGAAGAGCAUCCCAACACUCUGAACAGCAGUUCCCCAGCUGAAGAGCAUCCCAACACUCUGAACAGCAGUUCCCCAGCUGAAGAUCCCAGCCAAGAUCCUGGGAUUUUUGGUAAUUUGUUGCCAACUGCUCCAAAUGAGAAGUCCAACACCCUGAACAGUAGUUCCCCAAAGGAGGAGCCCAACCAGUUCCCAUAUUUUUUUGUUGUGCAAGAGGAAGCAACAAACAGUUGGAAAGAGCCUGAGCAUUCUCACCAAGUAUUUAUGUCGGUUUUUUGCAUUUGCACUUGCUUGUACUUUUGAGGACUGAGUGACAAUGUAGAGAGUCACUAAGGUUUUUGCAUUUUACAUAUUCUGUAAGAUAACAGGUGUGUAGGUGGCAUUCCUGUGCUCUUUGCUUAGAAUGGAGUGUCUAAUAAAGCAUGAAUAUGUGUUGUACUCUAUUUUUGCCUGAACUGUAAUCCACAUGCACUGCUGCUUUGAUGGAGGUUUCUAUACUGUUGUGUUGUUUGUUUACCACAGGCAAAGCAUCAAUGCACUCUGUAUUUAAAUGAAUGAAUAUAAAACAGUAAAGCUUUUGGCAACCUAUUUUACUGAAAACCAUUUGAACUGCAUCAGGUCUGGUUGUAAGUCUAUGGGCAUUAAGGGCAUGCACAUUCCCUGAAGGUUUUUAGUCAUAGUAUGAAUGCCUGAAUCCUCCAAACAGCUAAAAUAUACCAGGAAAGGAGCAUGAUUCAGUGUUUUCUCAGAGGGAAUGGAAGGGCUUUUAAUUGUGUCAGCAAUAGGGGAAUUUUCCUGCACAGCAGGAACUUUGAGAGUGACUUUGAGAGUGAGAGGUGAGGGUAAGAGAAAGAGAACUGAAGGUUGAUGGAACAAGGAGUCAGUGUAGCAGAAUGGGUUGGGUGAGAAGCACAGCCACGGAAGGACCAGUGAAUUUCAGUGAAAAGUCUGAAGACCCAGCAGGUUCUUCUUUAUUGUAUGAUCUUUGUCUUGCACUCGUCUGUCUUGUGCAGCCUCCUUCUCCUAUUCUGUUUAUCUGCUUGUACCCUUCAGGCUGCUGGAAUAGGCAAUCGUGUUUUGUGCAAUCCCACUAGAAAAGAAGGCAAGAGUAUGGCCAAAGGUGACAGCUGAUUUCU